AUGGGUCAUGUGACCACCGCUGAGCCCACUGAAUCUCCUCUCACCACAGCGGUUCCCGCAACCAAGUCAGCGUCUACUACUAGUGCUUCUAUUGCGACUACCGCUACUGAGGUUAAUACCACGGCUGCUCCAACGACUACCGCUCAGGCCGUGACAACCACCCCUGUGGAGACCACCACUAACACCGUCGGUCCUACCACUACGACUACUGCUACCACAACUAGAGUGCCAACUACGACUACUGCUACCACAACUAGAGCGACCACUACGACUACUGCCACCACUCCUAAAGCCACCACUACGACUACUACCACAACUAGAGCAACCACUACGACUACGACGACCACUAAAGCGACCACUACUACUGCUGCUUCUCCUGCAUUCGGUGGUCAUUACUGCGGUAGCAUGAUGGGCCAGAGUUUCACUGUUGACUUUGCCUCUAAUGGCCGCGCUACCAUCAAUGUGAUGGGUAUGUCUGCUGGCGCUGAUUACACCGUUGAUGGUGAUGAUAUCGAGUUCUCUAACUACGAUCCUAUGCUUGCCAAAUUGAUGCAACAGUUCCACAUCAAGAAAAUUGAUGCCACCAUCAUCAGUCCCGAUUCCGUUCAUAUCAAGAUCGGUUUCCUCCUUGACACCACUAUCACCAAGUGCUAA